CCCACUUCCCCAGGCUAUUCUGAGGGCACCGGUCUGAUCUUGGUUAGCUUCUCUGGUGAAAGAAACAUCAGGAUUGCAUCAGGGUCCAGGAGGAGGAGGCUGGGUUGUUUGGUGUAUGAGUGCCUGGGCUGGGAUUUGUGAGCAGGUUGGUCUGAAGCUCCCACACCAGGACUCCUGUGUCCUUGAGGAGAACGCUUGGAUCAUGCAGCACUUGUUUUCUUAAUGACCAAGGAACCUCGGUGUCUGACCCCCAGAAACCCAGAAAGUCAGGUGAGAUGCAGAAACGCCAGAGGAACCUCAGUGUCUGACCCGCAGAAACCCAGAAAGUCAGGUGAGAUGCAGAAACGCCAGUUGUGGGACACCUGCAUCAGUCAGGCAGAGAGGUGGAUCCCAGCCCCCUUCCCGCUCAGACUCAGGAGUCCAGGCCCCCAGCCCCCUCCUCCCUCAGACCCAAGAGCUGAACCCCCAGCCUCCUGCUUCUUCAGACCCACGAGUCUGAAACCCCAGCUCCCUCCUGCCUCAGACCAAAUGGGCUGGGCCCCAAGCCCCUUUCACUCAGGUCCCACUUCAUCACAUUUCUAUCCCCCUGAUGCCUCAGACCCAGGAGCCCAGGGCCUCAGCUGGAAGGACCCCUGAUUGCAUCAUCCGUUCAGGCUGACCUGGCCACCGUGGAAUUCUAGCAUCUGCCAUAUUUGGGUGUCCUGUCAGCUGUGAAUCUACGUGCGAGAGGACCCAGGCAUUUCAGCUACCAGAGAAGCCGUCGUGAAUCUGCUCUCCCCGACAGCCAGGCUCUGAAACAGAAUCUAGACCAUUCAGGUCUUCAAAGCCCAGACCCCAUACCUCACUUGAGGACGUGAACCAUUGAUGGGCUGGGACAAGACCAAAUUCGAGCACCUGGGACUGUGGGUCCCUGUGCUAGCUGUCCUGCUGGGACCCUGCCAGGCACAUCCCAUUCCUGACUCCAGCCCCCUCCUCCAAUUUGGGGGCCAAGUCCGCCAGCGAUACCUCUACACGGAUGACGCCCAGGAGACGGAGGCCCACCUGGAGAUCAGGGCUGAUGGCACAGUGGUGGGGACGGCCCGCCGGAGCCCCGAAAGUCUUCUGGAGCUGAAAGCCCUGAAGCCAGGGGUCAUUCAAAUCUUGGGAGUUAAAACAUCCAGGUUCUUGUGCCAGGGGCCAGAGGGGAGGCUGUAUGGAUCGCUCCACUUCAACCCCCAGGCCUGUAGCUUCCGGGAGCUGCUUCUUGAGGAUGGAUACAACGUUUACCAGUCUGAGGCUCUUGGCAUUCCCCUCCGCCUGCCCCCGCACCGCUCCUCCAACUGGGACCUGGCCCCCCGGGGACCUGCUCGCUUCCUGCCGCUGCCAGGCUUCCUCCCGCCACCCCUGGAGCCUCCAGGGAUCUUGGCCCCCGAGCCUCCCAACGUGGGCUCCUCGGACCCCUUGAGCAUGGUGGGACCUUCACAUGGCCGAAGCCCCAGCUACACUUCCUGAAGCCACAGGCUGUUUAUUACUGAGUCUCCUCUUUAUUUAUCGUAUU